AAUACAUUUGAAAAGAUUUACGAGUGCGACCUAGCCGGACAAGCGGUGGUUGUCGCAAAGAAAUCCAGGCCUAACCGGCUCUAUUUCCUUAGGACAUUCCCUGGGGACGACGAACUUGAUGAGCUUCUUCACAGACUCCUAUUCACUGAGCACGAAAAUAUUGCGUCAACAACAGAUUCCUUCGCUACUACUGAGGGUCUUUUUAUUAUAGGUGAUUUUAUGCCUCUGACCCUCGGGCAUAUUGUGGCUUGCCGUCACUACCCAGAUAAGGAACAGCUGAAUGCUAUAAUGACCCAGGUCGGCUCCCUGACCCUGGCCCUGGUCGAUAUUUUGAACGGCCUUUCCUACAUAGAAACCCAGGGCCUACAGCAUGCGUCUCUGGACUCCUCCGGGAUCUUGAUGGACACUAAUGGCUAUAUUAAGAUUGUGGGUAGUAUUAUGAUGGAGCUGUUACAAAAUUACACCAAGGACGAUGGCAUUGUUGGUAUUGACAAUAUGGAUCGUUGGCCCUCUGAUUCACCUCCUGUUACUUUCCUCUCCUCCACGACUUCUGCUAGCUUAUUGAAAUCUCUUAUGAAGCGCAAGGAGUACUUCUGA